GCAGUUUUUCAUCUCUUAUCAUUAUUUUCAUGUCCGAAAAUUCGUCACCCUUUUCGUUGGUGGCCUCCGACUUGGAUGGCACGCUAUUCGAUUUUGACUGUAAAAUAACCGACUACACAAAAAAGUUGAUUUUUCGUCUUUCCCAUGAGAAAAACAUUCGGUUUGUAUUGGCAACGGGACGCCAUUGGGGGAGCACCCUGUCCACCCAGAAGGAUCUUCAGCAGUACUUCGAGCGGGCCUAUGCGGAUUUGGCCGACUCGCAGGGUGGCAAGACGCUUUCGGGAAAGAAGCAUGGUUUCUAUGUGGUCUCCUCCAAUGGGGGGUUGGUGCAUGAUGAGGAUGGCAAGAUAGUUGUGGAGCAUCAGCUCGACCCGGCGAUUGUGAAGGAGCUCUACCAAUCCUUUGCGUUACCUUACACGGAUUUGAAGCGUGGGGUGAAUCUAACGGAUGAGGAAAAGGCCCGUCAGGUGGUGGUGCCCCAGGCGGAAAUGCCAGCGAGGGACGGAGCUGUAGAAAAUGAAUGGGAUAAGGGUGAAGGGGGGUUGAAUGAGGAUCCGAAUGAGUUUUCGAUUGAAAAGGUGCGCGUUUCUGCGUACACGAACAAGGAAUGGCUUAUCACUUCUAGCUUCCUUCCGGAGGAGUUAAUGGUGAAAAAAUUUGGAUUACUUCCAAUUGUCAUCGACUUCGAUCCAGAAGACCCAUCCAAUGAGGGUAAGAGUGUUCUGGACUCGUUGCCACUAGAGGGGAUUAACAAAAUAUGCUUUCGCAGCGCAGACCGUGCUCUUUUGAGUUCGUUUGAGCAGGAGCUCUCCCAGAGAUUUGGGGAUCAAAUCUCUAUAGCGCUUUCCUCUAACUUUUGCUUAGAUGUUGGUCCUGGUGGCAUUUCGAAAUUCUCGGCGUUGCGCGAAAUCGCCGGUCACCUCGGCAUUAGCGUGCAGAGUAUGGUAAGCUUUGGCGAUAGUAUGAAUGAUAAGGAAAUGCUGGAAAACGUCGGAAAGGGCUUUGUGAUGGGCAAUGCGCAGGCUCGUCUAAAAAAACUACUACCGCACUGUACUGUCAUUGGGAAUAAUAAUGAAGAUGCCGUGGCAAAAAAACUUGAAGAAGUGUUUAAUAUGGUAGAAACUCCAACAACUAUAACAAACAUUAAUAAAUAAAUCUAAUGAUAAUUUUACUGGGUUAAUAUUCAUGGAAUCGCUAAACAUCACUUGAGGUUCCUGAACUCUCUCCUUGCAGAGUGUUUUGUGUGUCAUCGUGAAAAUGAAUGAAAUAAUCUAUGCAUUAACACGUUCUGAAUACGUAAAAAAUUGACAACAGAAAAUGGAAACUCUACAUAGGCAACGUUACUAUGGACUUGAGAUCUUCUUGGUGAAGAUUAUAAGUUCAGGUUUAUAUAAUAUAUAACAAUGAUACUUAAUGUGAAAAUGAUCUAUUAAUACUUUUGUCCUAGUAGGGGUUUUAAAUAAUAAAAAAA